AUGAGACGAUUCCAGGAAGAAGAUGACCAUGACAACGUUCAAGGGCUAUUUCCACCUGCAUUUGACCCUCAAUUCGACGUUGAGGCUAUUUCGGGUAUCAGCAAUCUAGGUGUUCCACCAGAGAUUCUGGCUGCUCUUCAGGGAAUGGGCAAUCAAGCGACAGCAGAAGACCCAGGCGCAAUGAUGGCUGCUAUCAUCAAGAUGCAACAAGGCAUUAUGGAGACGAUCGAGAGCAUGGAGGACACUACUGAAGAAGACAGCUUCAAUCCUGCUGACAUCUUUGCCGGAAUGGCGCACUUGUCUGGUGGAACUGGACAAUCUUUCGGAUCGCCAAAUGCAGCAUAUUCCCCAGAAGUGGUCCAUGGCGCCAAUUUUACCAAUGACUCUUCGAAGAACGAAUCUGAAACUCCAGCUUACUGUUCUCCGAACGACUUCAACUCGGGAAUGGAAGUUCAGUCAGGUCCGAUGGAAGUUCAAUCAGACCCGGGUGCCGAUAUGGUGGAGGUGAACCUAGCUGAUCUGGAGGUUCCUAGUGGAGGCAAGCAAAACGUGUACUGCCCUCCACAUGAAAGCGCCACCAAGCCACCUCCCAGACCACAGCACCCUACUCCAACUCAAGAGGAACCCUUGGAAUUUGUCAAGUUGGUCAUUCGUUUCCCUCGAUUGAUCUUUGGUUGCAUCUUCUCAUUUUGUUUGGUGAUCACUGUGGCCCUCUAUGUCAAGGUCUUAUCCAAGGGAAACCCUUUCAGUGCAUUGGGAAAAGAGUUGGAUCUGCACGAUAUCCGAUCGGUCCAAUAUGACAGUCUCAGAAUGGCAGUAUACGAAACAGCAGUCGCCAGAAAUGAAAUGCGGACAUCUUCUGUCGUUCCACCGAGACAGUCCGAAGUUGCCGAAUCAACCUAUUGGGUCUUCGAGGCACAGAAUGAACAGAACGUUUUCGCAGACCCCCAAUCGAUAGCGUCGAUGAAGGAUACAUUCGACAUUUUCUUGCAAGACGAAGACUUUCAGGAAUACUGUGUGCUGAACCCCGAGGCUGAGUGCACUCCACCACUAAGUCCAUUACGUAUGUAUUAUGCUUCUUCUUGGGAUUCCACCAAGGUUCAAUUCGUCAUUGACGAUCUCAAGGACCCAAAAAACGUCGAAAAAAUCAAUUCAUUGGGCUGGUGCUAUGCAUACGGACAGAACUGUGAUAAGGCUCCCGCAAACCCCAGGCAGCAAGACAUUGACUUUGUGAAGAGGUUGAAUGAGGAUGUCAAUAACAUCAUGGCUUCGUGGGACAUGCGCGGCGACCUCAUUGCAGACUACAAUCAAGCAACCGAGCUUGCAGCCUAUCUCAUGGAAACAGAUAUCUUCAAGCCAGCUGUUGACUUUGGAUACGACAAGGGAUUCAGUACCGAGAAUCUAGCGUCGAAGUACUCUAGAGGAAUUGUUUUCUGGGGCAGUCCAUUGGAAAAGAACAAGGACGGCACAAGCGAGAAAAAUCGCAGAAAAGACGUGAUCACAGGCAGCUAUUUAGAUGACAUGAACGCCCGAACAGAGGAACAGUCUUACUACUUCAUGAAGAUCCUGAUCGAUGAUGCUAUUCUUGGCAUCAUCGUCACUGACGCAAUGUGGGCCGUUGUCAGCCUGACUCUCAUUUUUGUUUGGAUCCGAUUCUCCACAGGCUCGUUUUUCUUGGCCUGUGCAGGUUUUUCAGAAAUUUUGUUCAGCAUCACUGUCAGUUGGUUCGUCUUUUCAGUUGGAUUUGAAAUCGAAUACUUCCCGCCGCAGAAUGCACUGGCAUUUUUCAUUGUUGCAGCCAUUGGAGCGGAUGAUAUCUUCAUCUUCUUUGACGCCUACAACGACUCCAAACACGAGCCCCAUAUCUUGGUCGACUUGGAAACGAGAAUGUCGUGGGUCUACAGGAAAACAGGGACAUCCAUGUUCGUCACCUCCGCAACUACUUCGGUGGCCUUCGCCUUUUCCCUUAUUUCCCCACUCCCGUCGGUUCAGUCCUUCGGUCUCUUCACAGCCAUGGUUAUCUGCUUGGACUACGUCCUGGUGAUGUCGCUCUUUUGCACUGCCGUGGUUAUCUAUCAUGAUCGCUUUGAAGACAGAUCUCAAUAUGGAUGCUGCUACCCCUGCAAUGAAAUUGUUCCAAGCAACACCACCAAGGCAAUGCAAGCUUGGCAGACAUCAAGCGCUGACGAAGACACCAAGCGGCCCUUCGUCAGUCAUUUCUUCCAAACAAAGGUUGCACCGUUCAUCAAGAGCCGUAUCAAUGCCGCCGCGCUGGCAGCUGUCUUUGGGUUCUGGCUGUACAUUGCUGCCCAGUCCGCCGUUCGUCUUGAGACAACCCAACAAGCCGAGCAGUUCUUGGGUAAUGACCACCCAAUCCAAAAAUCGUUUUCCAUCCUCAACAAUGAGUUUCCUGCCGCAGAGGAUGACGUCAGACUCAAGGUGUUCUAUGCUUGGGGAGUCGGAGAGGUGGAUCGAGACGGAGUCGACUUGCUAAGAGAACCCAACAACUACGGAAAGCCGACCUUUGAAGACUCGUUCGACUUUAGCAAGCAGUGUCAAACGGAUCUCGCCACCUUUUGCAGUACUCUCAGAAACGAUCCUGCAUACGAGGACUCAAUCAAGCGCAAGAAUGGGGUUGGUGAAAUCAACUGCUUUAUUGAAGAGCUGGCAGCGUACUCUGUCUUGGGGAACCUUGACGACUGUUCAUAUGUACAGAGUGGUCAAUGGAAGAAGGAGGAUUGGCAGGUAGAUCCCGCAGACCUUCCCAGAAUCAUGGAAGCUUUCUUGGACGAGAAGAGCUGCUUUGAUGAGAACGGGCGUCAGACAAUUGGUGCAAGGUAUUCCAGUGAACUUGGAUGGGAUGGUUCUACCAUGAGGUAUGCCGCCAUCUCGGCCCAAACGGAAGUUCUUACCCCAUUCGGAGUCUAUCCCGAGUCGGUAACAAGAAAGGAGUACGACCAGUUUGCUGACAUCGCCGAUAGCUUGGGCCAAACAGUUUCUCGGAGCUGCCAAACGCCAGUAAUCAUGUCUGAUCUGGACAGAAAGUUUGUCUUUAUGAACAACCAGGCCAUCUACGCCAAGACAGCCGUGCAAAACAGUAUCUUUGGAGUGAUCAUUGCCUUCCUUGUGCUCCUUCUGAAAACAAGGGUCUUUCAUAUUGCGCUGUUUGCAAGCAUGACUAUCAGCAGCGUGCUAACCAGCUGUGUCGGAGUGAUGGUAAUGUUGGGAUGGGAGCUUGGCACCAUUGAGUCAAUCUUGGUGGGAAUUCUUUCUGGAUUCAGCAUCGACUACAUCGUGCAUUUGGCUCACGAAUACGAAUGCUCUGAGGGCGACCCAAAUAAAAGGAUCGCGGAGACAUUCGGGGCCCUUGGAACCAGUCUGUUCAAUGGUGCACUCACCAGCAUGGUUGCCAGUCUACCACUCAUCAUCUUCUGCGAGCUUCAGUUCUUCAAGAAGUUUGGAAUAUUCUUUCUCUUGACAAUCUCCUUCUCGUGGCUCUUUGCCAAUUUUGCCUUCAUGACUCUCUUGGCGCAAGCGAAGAUUCCAGUGGAGAGGUCGGGAUGGAAGCAACUUGGUGUGCUCACAAUAUGUACUUUCAUUGGCUUCUCAAUUGGAGUGAGACAGAUCUACGUCUGGACGAGGCAGCAAUAA